AUGGAGGUGGUGGAGGGCCGCGAGCUGGCCGAGCACGUGGCCAUCGGCGGCGCGAUGAAGGAAUCGGUCGCCAGACACCUCUUCCUCCAGGUUCUAGAAGGGCUGGCCCACAUGCACAAGAGCCACGUAAUCCAUCGAGAUUUGAAACCCGAGAACAUGAUGGUGACCGGAGACAUGGUCGACCUUGAAAGUCGCGUCAAGCUGAUCGACUUCGGGGUUGCGAAGUGCCUGAGCCAGGGCCCGAUGAAGACGGUGGUUGGGACGCCGUCCGUCAUGGCGCCGGAGGUGGCCAAGGCCAAACUUGGCACGGCGGAUUCCAAGCAGGCAAACUUCAGCUGGGGAGGGCAAGGACAAUCUCUCCUGUUGGUGGAUGCCGCUGAGAGGUCGCCUGAGUUUUGUCCGAAAGUUGAUGUUUGGUCAGCAGGAGUCUGCUUGUUUACGUGCUUGACAGGAAAGCUGCCGUUCAGGAACGAGCUUGAGAUCAUAAAGUCCGAGUAUGACAAGGGUGCACUAGCUCAUUGCUCGGAAGAAGCGAAAGACUUGCUGGAAAAAAUGCUCAAGAAGGACGUCUCACAGAGGCUAUCGAUUGAAGAAUGCUUGGCGCACCCUUGGGUGCCUUGCUCGGAAACAGAUGGCUGCACCAUCGAUUGGGACAAUCUUCCAGAGGACGAUUUGAUGUAUGAUCCUUUUUAG